GGCUUAAAGAGAAGCGGGAUCUCAGCUGUGCUGCACAGACCCCGACAAGCAGGGUGCGUGGGGGCCCCCAGGCAGCCAGCGCCCCGCAGCACAAGCCGCUGCGAUGCUCCACUCCCUUGGCGUUCACACCUUGCAGCUGCUCACCCAGGCGGCCGCCUGCAUCCUCCUCUUCCCCCGCUUCCUGCUCACCGCCGUGAUGCUCUGGCUCCUGGAUUUUCUGUGCAUUAGGAAGAAGAUGCUGAUGAUGCCCACGGCGGAGGAGGCGGCCAGCGCCAGUGAGGGGCCGCCCCCCGACGACCCCCCUGUCUGCGUGUCUGACUCCAACCGCAUGUUCACGCUGGAGUCGCUGAAAGCCGUGUGGCACGGGCAGAAGCUGGACUUCUUCAAGUCGGCGCACGUGGGCUCCCUAGCCCCCAACCCCGAGGUGAUCCAGCUGGACGGGCAGAAGAGGCUCCGCAUCCUAGACUUCGCCCGCGGCAAGAGACCCCUCAUCCUCAACUUCGGCAGCUGCACCUGACCCCCGUUCAUGGCCCGCCUGAGGUCCUUCCAGCGCCUGGCCGCGCACUUCGUGGACAUUGCUGACUUCCUGCUGGUGUACAUCGAAGAAGCACACCCCUCCGACGGCUGGGUCAGCUCGGACGCAGCCUACAACAUCCCCAAGCACCAGUGCCUCCAGGACAGGCUGCGGGCAGCUCAGCUGAUGAGGGAAGGGGCGCCCGAUUGCCCCCUGGCCGUGGACACCAUGGACAAUGCUUCCAGCGCCGCCUACGGCGCCUACUUCGAGAGGCUCUACAUCAUCCAGGAGGAGAAGGUGAUGUACCAGGGAGGCAGAGGACCAGAGGGCUACAAGAUCUCGGAGCUGAGGACCUGGCUAGACCAGUACAAAACCCGGCUCCAGAGCCCCAGCACGGUGGUCAUCCAAGUGUAAAAAGGACCUGGCAAGAAGUGUGGGGGCGGAGGGGCGAGGGGAGGACGGGAGGAGAGCUGGGGAGGGCGAGGGCGAGGCGAGGCGGAGGGCAGGGGCUGCCUUCCCCCGGGGACACUCGAAGGAGGCUGCUGUGCGAGCUUUCGAGCAAGAUGUGCCAUAGUCCUUUCUCUAUUCAAAUCAUGUUGAUUUGCCAGCCACGCUCUGUCAAUACUGUAUUUCCAUGUGCGUUUUGUAAAUAACUCUCUCUCUCUUUUUUUCUUUCUUUUGGAGAAGCGUUUACUAUUUUUUAAGGAGGCUCUCUUCCUACGGGAUCUGUUCCCAGCUGCGUGUGUGCGCGGGUGUGUGUCUGAAAAGUUGUGUACAAGUGCUCCGUGCUGCCUAGCAAGUGCUAACUGGGAUUUCUAGUAUUUCUUUGUGAUGACCGAUUUUGAAAUGGGUUUCUCUAAUGCCAGGAAAUCGCGUCUGAUGCUGUCAAGUACUAGAACUGCCAAUAGCCAGAGCUGAACGGAAUGUCCUAUUUAUGUGGGGGGGUUUUGUAAGACGUUCGUUCACCUUUUUUUUUUUAAUGAAUUUUUUUAAAUAAUAAAGGUUGAGGAAAUACACGUCUAA